AAUGUUAUAUAGAUUUAAUGAAAAAAUGUUGGGAUUCAGACCCUUCCAAUAGACCAACUAUAACAAUGCUUGAAAAUAUUAUAUCUGAAUGGACCAGAUGUAUUAAUAAAUAUUACGAAAUAAACAAGGAUAGGGAUGAUGGUGCAUAUAGAGUACCUGAUAUUGAUAAUCAAUUAGAAAAUGAUAUGUUGGAAUUUGUAAAAGCAAACAAAGCUUUAGGACAAGAACAAGCAAAUACUCCUAUUAUACAAUUUCAUCCACAAACAUGUUUUUCAAGUCGCAAACUUACUGAAAU